ACCAGAGUUUAAAUGCUGAACAGCCACUGCCAUUCUCUAAUGACACCCUCCCCCUUUCUCUCUUCCUCACUCACUCACAUUAUUUCUCUCAGUGCUGCUCACUGUUGCUCCAGCAUUCACUUGGUGAAGUCCUGUUUUAUCAUCAGAAAGUUUCUUCUCUGGAUCCAGACACCAUCAAAUUUCUGCAAGUGGUUCAGCACGUUAGAUUCAUCCUACUUCAGUUAUUCCCUUGUGGAGAUCUCACAGCAGUUUGCUGGUUAAUAAAUAACAAUGUCGCUCCUGACGUCCGUGCUGAUAUGUCUCAUUGUCCAGCUGUGUAUGGGAGAUCAGCCUGUGGAGGAAGUUGUCACAACAAAAAAUGUGCCUCUCCUGGGUGGCUGGUCUGAGAGGAAUCCUGAGUCAUCUGAGAUCAAGAAGGCAACCGAGUAUGCUGUGAAGAUGUUCAACAAUCACUCCAAGGGCAAGAAGAUGUUCAAACUUGUUUCCAUCACUUCUGCCAAGGCUCAGGUGACCAGUGUGAUCAACUUUAAGAUUAAUGCUGUCCUGGGAAAAACCAAGUGUCUCAAGAGUGAAAACCAUGACUUGGAGAACUGCAGCCUUGAUAAAAAGCAUCUGAAGUGUCACUUUGUGGUGGCUUUCAACCCCCGAGACAACACACACGAUCUGUGGAAACAAAAGUGCACAAAACCCGAGAAGAAGAAGAAGGAGGUUUAAUUUUUUACAGGCUUAACUUUUUUUAUAGUUUAGGUCUAUAGCUUUGACUACCUUAAUAACUUUUGAUACAAUGUUGAUUUUUUCAUUUUUUUCUGAAUAAAUGUUUUGCAGCUGAUUUUAAUUUCUGGAUAUGAUCAAACAAUUUGGAACAAUGACAAAUCACAAUGUCAAUAAAAUUAGUUUGGAAAAAU